UCCCAUCUCGCCGCGUUCACCUGCGAUCAGUGGAUGCAAGUCACACACGCUCCCUCCCUCCUCUCUCUGGAAGUUCGCAAAGAAGAAGAACAAAAAAAAAAAAAAAAAAAAAAAAAAAAAAUAGAUCUGUUAAGAGCAGGAGCGGGAGAGAGAGAGAGAGAGAGGAGGGGCGCGCCGAGUGCCGCAGAGCGCGGCAGGACGGGCACACGCCGGGCGCAGCACCGCCAAGCACCGCGCAGCCCCGCGCAGCCCCGCACCUGUUUGCGCGCCCCGCGCCCGGAUCGGCCCCCCGGCAGAGGGAGGACGCCGGCAGCGCCGCCGUCGCCGCUCCUCGCAUGUGCGGUGCCUCCCCGCCGCCCGGCGCCGGAGGGAACUGAGGAAGCCCCGUGAAUGUACAGCAUGAUGAUGGAGACGGACUUGCACUCGCCCGGCGGAGCCCCGGCGCCCGGCGGCGGCCUCUCGGGGCAGAGCGGCGCGGGAGGCGGCGGAGGCGGCGGCGGCGGCGGCGGGGGCAAAGCGGGGCAGGACCGCGUGAAGCGCCCCAUGAACGCCUUCAUGGUGUGGUCGAGGGGGCAGCGGCGGAAGAUGGCCCAGGAGAACCCCAAGAUGCACAACUCGGAGAUCAGCAAGCGGCUGGGGGCCGAGUGGAAGCUGCUGUCCGAGGCGGAGAAGCGGCCCUUCAUCGACGAGGCCAAGCGGCUGCGGGCCCUGCACAUGAAGGAGCACCCGGAUUAUAAAUACCGGCCCCGGCGGAAGACCAAGACCCUGCUCAAGAAGGACAAGUACUCGCUGGCCGGAGGGCUGCUGGGCGCCGGCCCGGCCGCGGGCGGCCCUCCCGCCGUCGGCGUGGGCAUGGGCGUCGGCGUGAGCCCCGGCGGCGUCGGGCAGCGGCUGGAGAGCCCCGGCGGGGCGGCGGGCGGCGGCUACGCGCACAUGAACGGGUGGGCCAACGGCGCCUACCCGGGCUCGGUGGCGGCGGCGGCGGCGGCGGCGGCGAUGAUGCAGGAGGCGCAGCUCGCCUACGGGCAGCACCCGGGCGGCGGGGGGCACCCGCACCACCCGCACCCGCACCACCCUCACCACCCGCACAACCCGCAGCCCAUGCACCGCUACGACAUGGGCGCGCUGCAGUACAGCCCCAUCUCCAACUCGCAGGGCUACGUGAGCGCUUCGCCCUCGGGCUACGGCGCGCUGCCCUACGGCUCUCAGCCCCACCAGAACUCGGCGGCCGCGGCGGCGGCUGCGGCGGCGGCGGCGGCCGCCUCGUCGGGCGCGCUGGGCGCGCUGGGCUCGCUCGUCAAAUCGGAGCCCAGCGUGAGCCCGCCCGUCACCUCGCACUCGCGGGCCCCGUGCCCCGGGGACCUGCGGGAGAUGAUCAGUAUGUACUUACCGGGCGGCGAGGGAGGCGACCCGGCGACCGCCGCCGCCCAGAGCCGCCUGCACUCCCUGCCCCAGCACUACCAGAGUGCCGGGACUGCCGUGAACGGCACCGUCCCCUUGACGCACAUCUGAGCGGCCCCGGAGCUGACCCGGAGCGGAGCGGAGGGCCCCGGCCCGGGCCCCGCAGGACUGCGGCCCCGCCGCCGCCCCGCGCCCGCCGCCCCCCUUCGUUUAUGCCUUUCAUUCCGCUCCUUCCCGCCCUCCCCCUCCCUCCUUCCUUUUUGUUUUUGUUUUUCUUUUCUUUCUUUUUGUACAGAAAUGUUUUGAUGUUCUUGUAAUAAUAAAUAAUAAUAAUAAUAAUAACGAGAGAGAAAAAAAAAAAAAAGAAAGAAAGAAAGGUAACGGUGGCUUUACUGACCUUUUUUGUUUUUAGGAGGACCAGAUCCCGGGACUAGUUUUAGACUGAACUUCUGUGUUUUAUCGAGACUUUUUGUACAGUAUUUAUCAUUCACCCCAGAGACACAGAGCGUUUAUUUGCAAAAGAGGAGAGAGAGAGGAUUAAAAAGAAAAAGAAAAAAAAAACACACACAAAAAAAAAAACAAACAAGAAAAAAAAAAUAAACCAACAAAAAAGACGGCGACGUAAAGACAAAACCCAUCGCCGCUGACACCCAAAGUUCGGGCGGUGCCAACUUGCGGGCUGCGCUUCGUCCCGCACCGCCUCACUGCAAACGGGAGCCGACGGGAAGCGGUGCUCGUUCCUUCCUCGCACACCCAAAAACAGCACCACAAGUUUUCCGUAGAUAUUCUCGCGUUUUUCGUUUCGGUUGGGUUCUUUUUGGUUACUUUAUUUAUACAGCUUCUUUUUUUUUCCUUCUUCUUCUUCCUUUCUUCCUGAGGCUGCGAUGUUUAUUUGACUUCUUAUUUUAUUUUAUUUCCUGGGUUUUGUGUAACUUUGCUGUAUCUGCAUUGUUUCUGUUUGUUUUCCUCCCCUCUCCUCAUUUUUUGUUUUGUUUUUGUUUUUUUGUUUUGGUUUUUGGUUUUUUUUUACAUUAUUUUUUGGUAUCAUCUCUUGUAAAUGCAUUGUGAAAUAAUUUUUAUCUAGGCGUGACGAGGGAACCCAGACUGUACAUAGUUUACUAAAAAGCCUUUCUGCUAAACAGAAAACCCGAAGGAUGCGUUCCAUUUUUGAGUUAAAUAAAUUGCAAAGCGGAAAAAGUCACCUGUUCUAUUUUUUUAAGGAAUAAAAUAAUAAGAAUAAUGAUAAUCAUAAUAAAAGUCAAUGUUUUCCCACGGUGUGGCUGGAAAAAAAAAAUACGGCCGGGAAAGAUGGAAAGAGAGGAGAGAGACGGAAAGCGGAGCUGCGAACUGAGAGGAGCAGAGCCCCGAGGAGAUACCGACUCUCCCGAAGCACGGGAAGCCUUUCCAGGGCUCUGCUCCUCCCGCCCGCCCCGAGCCCUGCGCUGAGCUCCGCCGGGGCCGCAGUGCUAAGGAACAGAGUGCACGGAGCAUCCCCCGGCUGAAUGCGGCCCCGGGUACUGGAGCGGCUUGUUGGAUCGCGUUUGUCGGGGGGUUCGGUGAAGUCUGCCCGUGCUGUCGGGUUGUGCCUGUCGGUGUGUGCGCUUCUAAGUUUGUGUGAACUUCGUCUGGUGGCACUGACAGCGCUGAGCCCUGCGUUUGAUGUCAUUGCACGGGGAAUAAAUGUGUGAAAUGAA